UGUUUGGUACUUUAUCCCUACAAAACUAGCGUAUUGAGCCUUAUUUGUUGCUAGAACUGCAUUAUUUGUCUCUCUUUAAUGGUUUAGAAAAAAUUUCCUGUUUUGGAUGUGGCAAACCUGAAGUAACUAGGAGGCAGUGCCCAAACUGCCGCACCCACACGAGGGUCGCGUCGUCCACAGACACUUCACAUUACUAGGCGUCGGCUUCAUUAACAGUGCGCAUCCCGGAGGGACACUGGUCGUUCUUAGAAGAGGCGCAGCGACACCAAUUCGAACCGGAGCUUACUCGGACAUUAUCUACCGUUCUAUUGAGAUAAUUCAACACGCACUUGGGACAUCUCAUAACAGGAGAACAUAAAUACCUAAAUACAGUAGCAUUUCACAUGAUUACGGUAGGCGGAGAGUGUAUAUCAGUCGUUUACAAAAUAUUUUCUCCACAAUCGUGUAAAGAUGCGACAAAUGGGGUAAUGUAACAGUAUUUCUCGAGAAAGGUCUAACAGGAGAGCAGAAAUACUUAAAUGUAGGAGCAUUUCGCUUGAUUACGUUAACUAGAAAGCGGAAAUAAGCCGUUGAGAUCCUAUCUCCUGCGAGAUCGUUUAAAAAUCUAGCAACAGGUGAAACAUAAUAGGAGUUUCUUGAGGUAGCAGGAGAUCAGAAAUACUUAAACACAGUAGCAUUUCACUUGAUUACGGGAGAGAGUGGGGGAAUAAAUCGUUUAGAUCGUAUUUUGUGCACAAUCGUGUCAAAAAUGUAGCUAAAAGGGAAAUGUAACAGGAAUUAUUCAUGAAAGAUCUCGCAGGAGGGCAGAAAUAGUGAAAUACAGGAGGAUUUAGUGAUUACGAUAGGGGAGUAAAUAACAUUUUCUACACAAUAGUGGAAAAAAUUCAGCAAAGUGGGAAUGUAACAGGAAUUUCUCGAGAAAGGUGUAACAGGAGAACAUAAAUACCUAAAUACAGUAGCAUUUCACUUGAUUACGGUAGGCGGAGAGUGUAAGUAAGUCGUUUAAACAAUAUUCUCUGCACAAUCGUGUAAAGAAUGUGACAAAUGGGGUAAUGUAACAGUAAUUCUCGAGAAGGGUUUAACAGGAGAGCAGAAAUACAGCAUUUCGCUUGACUACGUUAGCCAAUGAGCAGAAAUAAGUCGUUGAAAUCCUAUUUUCUGCGAAAUGUUGCAAAAAUCUAGCAACAGGGGAAACAUAACAGGAAUUUUCGAGAAAUAGGUAGCAGGAGAUCAGAAAUAAUUAAAUACAGUAUCGUAAUUUGUGCACAAUCGUGUAAAAAAUGUAGCUAAAGGAGAAAUGCAACAGGAAUUUCUUAAGAAGGAUGUAUGAGGAGAACGGGAAUACUGACCUACAGUCUUGAUUACGAUAGGAGAUAGCGUGAGUAAAUUGUUUAAGUAAUGUUUUCUGCAUAAUCGUGUAAUAAAUGUAGCAAAAAGGGAAAUGUGACAGGAAUUUUUCGACAAAGGAGUAACAGGAGAGCAUAAAUACCUAAAAACAGUAGCAUUUCACAUGAUUACGUUAUGUAAAGAACGUAAAUAAUAUUUUCUGCACAUUCAUGUAAAGAAUGUAACACAAGGGGAAAUGUAGCAACACUUCUCGAGAAAGGUUUAACAGGAGUGCAGAAAUUCUUAAAUGCAUGAGCAUUUCAAUUGAUUACCGUUAGCUCUAAAGCCGUUGAGAUCCUAUCUCUUGCGAAAUCGUUUAAAAAUCUAACAACAAGGAAACGUAAUAAGAGUUUCUUGAGGUAGCAGGGGAUCAGAAAUACUUUAAUACAGUAGCAUUUCACAUGAUUACGGGAGAGAGUGCGGGAAUAAAUCGUUGAGAUCGUAUUUUGUGCACAAUCGUGUCAAAAAUGUAGCUACAAGGGAAAUGUAACAGGAAUUUUUCAUGAAAGAUCUCGCAGGAGGGCAGAAAUAGUGAAAUACAAAAGGAUUUAUUGAUUACGAUAGGAGAGAGCAUAAGUUAAUCGUUUAAAUAACAUUUUCUGCACAAUAGUGUAAAAAAUGUAGCAAAGUGGGAUUGUAACAGGAAUUUCUCGAGAAAGGUGUAACAGGAGAACAUAAAUACCUAAAUACAGUAGCAUUUCACUUGAUUACGGUAGGCGGAGAGUGUAAGUAAGUCGUUUAAGCAAUAUUCUCUGCACAAUCGUGUAAAUAAUGUGACAAAUGGGGUAAUGUAACAGUAAUUCUCGAGAAGGGUUUAACAGGAGAGCAGAAGUACAGCAUUUCACUUGACUACUUUAGCCAAAGAGCAGAAAUAAGUCAUUGAAAUCCUAUUUUCUGCGAAAUCGUGCAACAGGGGAAACGUAACAGGAGUAUGUUGAAAAAGAGAUAGCAGGAUAUCAGAAAUACUUAAACACAGUAGCAUUUCACUUGAUUACGUUACAGAAAGUGCGGAAAAAAUCGUUGAAAUCGUAAUUUGUGCACAAUCGUGUAAAAAAUGUAGCUAAAGGAGAAAUGCAACAGGAAUUUCUUAAGAAGGAUGUAUGAGGAGAACAGAAAUACUGACAUACAGUCUUGAUUACGAUAGCAGAGGGCGUGAGUAAAUUGUUUAAGUAAUGUUUUCUGCAUAAUCGUGUAAUAAAUGUAGCAAAAAGGGAAAUGUAACAGGAAUUUUUCGACAAAGGAGUAACAGAAGAGCAUAAAUACCUAAAACAGUAGCAUUUCACUUGAUUACGUUAGAGAGUGUGGAAAAAUAAAUCGUUGAGAUCGUAUUUUGUGCACAAUCGUGUCAAAAAUGUAGCUAAAAGGGAAAUGUAACAGGAAUUUUUCAUGAAGGAUCUCACAGGAGGGCAGAAAUGGUAAAACACAGGAGGAUUUAUUGAUUACGAUAGGAGAGAGCAUAAGUAAAUCGUUUAAAUAACAUUUUCUGCACAAUAGUGUAAAAAAUGUAGCACAGUGGGAUUCUAACAGGAAUUUCUCGAGAAAGGUGUAACAGGAAAACAUAAAUACCUAAGUAUAGUAGCAUUUCACUUGAUUGCGGUAGGCGGAGAGUGUUUCAGUAUUUCUGCAGAAUCGUGUAAAGGAUGUGACAAAUGGGGUAAUGUAACAGUAUUUCUCGAGAAGGGUUUAACAGGAGAGCAGAAAUACAGCAUUUCACUUAACUACUUUAGCCAAAGAGCAGAAAUAAGUCAUUGAAAUCCUUUUUCUGCGAAAUCGUGUAAAAAUCUAACAACAGGGGAAACUUAACAGGAGUUUCUUGAGAAAGAGGUAGCAGGAGAUCAAAAAUACUUAAACACAGUAGCAUUUCACUCGAUUACGUUAGAGAGAGUGCGAAAAUAAGGUCAUAAUUAGUGCACAAUCGUGUAAAAAAUGUAGCAAAAAGGGAAAUGUAACAGGAAUUUUUCGACAAAGGAGUAACGGGAGAUACCUAAAAACAGUAGCACCCCACUCAGCAUGACCGCCGACAUUCUGAAGGAGCUGAUCCAGUCACCCCGAGCGCGCAAGCAGCGAAUCCUUUGCGAAGUGUACCGUGCAGAGACUGCACCCCAUCAGCUACUUCGCGAGCUAUUUAAAACGUGAGCUCCGAAAAAGACCACGAAGGUUCCGGAAGCUUGGCACGAGGUGAAGAAGACACGCCAUACCACAGGACACUUCAGGGAGGAGUGAAGAAAGCAGAAGAGAACCAAGGCACUCAGACCGACAGCCGCUCCCAUAUCUUGUUUCAGAUGCGGCAAACCUGAGGUAACUAGGAGACAGUGUCCUAAAUGCCGCGACCGCAAGAGGGUCGCCCAAAUGGAUUCUCAUCUCACGGACACGUCCGGUUCCUCACCACAAUACGUGCGACCAAUAGUGAACGUCAUCGUAGCCGACGGAACCGAAAGCGGCUUUAAUAUCAAAAAAAGAUAAGAGAUGUUUUAAUACAGUAGCGGUUUCAUAUUCCUCGAGAAAAUAUAGUAGGAAAACCAGAGAAUUCCAGCAAGUAUCGCCAAUUUUUACAAAUACUGAAAGGUCUACAAGACAGACACUUUCAAACGCAGGGUUUACCAGUUAUUUCAGCAAACUCCAAACUUUCCAUAUUCUAGAAAUUAUCGACGAAAGGCAUUUUAAUGGUUUUAAUUUAAUUUGAAGCGUUGUAGUGGUAGUAUAGCUUAACUUCUUUCACUUAAGCUACGGGUAGCUGGAUGUUUUUUCAUCCAUACCAGGUUGCCUUCUCACCAUUUGCAUUCCAGCGGAAUUAUUCAAUGAAAAGUAACGAUUCGAAAUAAUCAUCUUAUCGUUUUGUUUCUCUUACCCAUAUCCUUGAGACAAAAUAUAAUUGUCGUGCUAUAUAAACGCACGAAAACAGGUCAAUGUAUCGUAAAAGAACCCGUGUAUUAAAAUUGACCUUUCUUGGUAGCAAACUCGUCCGAAAUCGCAUAGUUUUUGCCAUAUUUCUACAAUUGCGUUCGACGUGCACAAACUUAUUGCUUUGACAGUAGUAAGACAAAUAGAAUCUCUCGGACAAUCCACAAUAGACGAAAUGUCAGGGAGAGGAUAAGCAUCUGCAUCGUUUUGGGUGAUCACAAAAACUCUCCUGUAAUGUACGCAAAAAAACAAUCUCAAAUUCUCACCUUUACUAAAGGUCGUUUUUAAAUUAAAGCAUUGAUAUAUCAAUAUGUGGGAAAUUGAGCAAUGUGGACAAUGUUGUAGUUGAUUUGAACGUUAUAAAUUGGUCGUUUAAAUGCCACUCACUCACUCGAACGGCUUACAUGCAAAUUUUGUUUUCACGAACUAGGUAUAUUAGUUGAUGUUCCACGAUUUUUAACCAGAUUACGGAAAAUGUGCAUCUUAACUGUUUUACUUGGUACCACGUUGUUCGCCACCAUCGAACCAGCUAAACUACCAAGCUACUUUCCAAGAUGUUACCAAGACGACCAGAACAUAAGCGAGUGCACCAUAGGUGCUGCCAACAGUCUAAACGAGAAGGUCAGAAGUGGGAUAUCGGAAAUCGGCUUGCCUCACCUAGACCCGUUCGUUGCUCCCGAUUUAAACCUUACACUCGAAUCCCCUAUUACCGAUCUUUACGCGAGUACAAAUGGCUUGAAUCUGCACCGACUGUACAACUACCGCUUUACCGCUGCAGAUAUUCGACCGCAAGAUGGCGUGAUUGCAGGAACGGUUAUCCUUCUCGAUUUAGACUUAUGGGGAAAUUACCGAGUUCGGGGGCAUAUAAUAAAUCUUCCGCUGAAUGGGGAUGGCUAUUUUAAAAUUGUUAAUGGCAACAUCGAAUGUGAUUUUCUAAUAAACGAUUGGAACGAGAAUUGUAACAAGAUCAAUUUGGAAAUCACGUGCAAAAAUGAAGACGUCAAAGUAAACCUUACAGGAUUGGGCAACGGAGAUACGAUUAACGGCCUUCUGAACUUAAGCUCCAAAUUGGUCGCAUCGGAACUUGCUCCUGCAUACGCCCGCAUUUUUCAGGCGUUAUUGAGACGGCCCCUGAAACGGCUGUGCAGAGAAUUUCCAUUGAGUGACGUAUUUCCUCCGUCUUCCUAAAAUGAUCGUCCACAGACACAAAAAGGUGUUGUAAACCAGGGUAUUUGGUGAUCGGUCGUCGUGAAAGUUUCUCUUUAAUGAAACCCAAUAAAAACUGCAUUUAUUUGAGCUUGGA